CAGGACUGGUUCGAGCUCCGCCUCGGCGCGACGCUUGGCGCCGUCAGCGCGAUGCCUGGCGCAUCCUGCGGCUGUUGCGAGCUGCCGCUGGCGGAGACGGUGAAGAUUGGGAUGGCGUGGCCGGUGAAUUCCAAUGGCCCUGCAGAUGCGGAGGCGUUUGUGGUGAUCUCCACGUUACAACAUUACUUAAGGUGGUUCAACCAGCAGCGCGGGGGCCUCUGCGUGGGCAGAAGCCGGCACUUGGUGGAGCUGCUGGUGUUGGAUACCCAGGGGAGUCAGGAGCUCUACCCCUCGGCCUUGCAACGUUUGGCCUACGACCACAACAUCAGCCUCUUCUUGGGACCACUGGAAGGGGAAGCCAUGGCGGAUAUGGCGCAGCGGCUCGACCUUUUGAUCCUGUCGCCCCUUUUGACAUCUGCGGAUCUACUGCGGAGGUGUCACAGUUGCUUCAGCCUCCAACCCUCCCCGAAACAGCUGCUGCUGCCGGCUCUGACGCUACUGGAAUCCCGCUCCGAUGGCGUUCCAUGGAGGGUGGUGUACAUCCAGGGGGACGACCGCAUUUCACAGGAGAGCUGUGCCGUGCCAAACCUCACGCGCCUCGAGACCUUCCGCUGGUUCGUCGACCUCGAAGGCACCGCAUGGACGCCGCCAGUGGCCGCGGUGUUGGAUGUCUGGGUGCUGUGCACCCAGAGCUUCAAGCACUGCAUGAACUUCCUGGAGUUCUGGGGCUCGUUGAACGCCUCUCAGACCCCAAAAGCCGUGAUCCUGUCGGCUCCCUGUGUCUCUGUUCUGCAAGCACUGCCUAAGUAUGGAGGCUUCUUCUUGGGCGUGAUGCCUCUGAACCUUUGGGCAUUUUGGCCGAACAAAGUCGACGAAUCCUGGAGCUCAAUGACUUUGCAGGACUUACUGCCUUGGUUUUCCAGUCUGGUGGAUGGUGCCUCCCAAGACUUGGAUUUUGUGUCGAAACAGGCACCGACUGGAAAACUGCACAACAAUGAGGCAGCUUGGGACUUCCAGCGCCAGGCGGAGAUCCUCACCCUGCGCAAGGGGAGGCCUUUGGUGCCCUCGGCCACCUGGGCAUCGCUGGGUGCCUUACUGACGGCCGUGGAACGUGCUGGGGCACCAACACCUGAGGCAGUGUCUUCAUACUUUCGUGGUCUCAAAGAGGGCGACCUGAGACUAUCACAGGGCCUGUCAUUUUUGAAGCUUAGCUGA